AUGGAUGAUGAAAAAAAGCAAAAGAAUGAUGAAGGUGACAAGAAUGUACAAAGUGAAUCAGUACAAGAAGUGUCGAAAAAUAUUUUGACUGAAAUGGUUCACAGUGAGCCUUUCUCUAACCACAUAAUAAACAGAUUUUCAACUGAAGGACAGAGGAACCCUGAGAAGAAAGCAGAAGAGAAUGGCACUGCCAAGCGACCGUCAUUUGAAUCUGCAGAUCAAGACCUUAUUGAAACAAAUAUACUAGAAAACGAGCCUGUCUCAAAAAGAUUAAAGCUGACUAUUGUGGAACGCACCAAAGAGAACGACAGCAAAUCACCUCGUGGUCCAGUGGGUGAAGAUUCUGUUGAUGGGAGUAGUUGUACUGUAGGUGAAACUAUAGAAGGGGUAGAAAGAAGUCCCUGUAGCGAUGGGUUUGUUUCCAAAGCUUUGUUUGUGCCUGAAGGUGAUAAUCCACAGGAAAUACAUGUGGAAAUGGAACAUUCCCAAGAUGAUAGUGCAAUUCAUCGUGCAUCUACAUCUUCCGCUCAAGAUGAUGAAACAAGUGUUAGCUGUAAAAUUAGUGGCACUGUAAAUGUUUCUAAGUGCAAAACCCGUCAAAGAGUUUUUUCCACUUAUCCCGCUUUACAAAAGCAUAUUCAAGAGACCCAUCUGAAGCAACCCAAAGAACAUGCCAACCCACAGAGGGCUUCUAAAUCAGACUACACUCCAUCUUUAAAAAUGCAUAUCAAGCAAGCUCACAGGCAACAUGGAUUAUACUUUUGUGAUCUCUGUGGUUUUCAGUCAUUUGAGGAGAAUCUCUUACAUGCUCAUUUUCUUGGCAAGACCCACCUCCGAAGACAAAACCUUGCUGCCCGGGGUGGGUUUGUAAAGAUGUUGACGAAAAAAUCUUUCCAUAAAAAACAGCAAUUCCCACUUAAAGAAAAGAAUGCAAGAGUAAAAUCUACAGUUAAUAAGCCUCAAAUAAGGAAUACUUAUUCAAAUCAAUUAAGAACCUCAAAUAACAAGGCAAAGAAUGUGAAAACAAGCAGCCAACUGUUUGUUGAAGUAAUCCCAUCUAAAAAUAUUUCCAGAGAAAAUAUUAACAAUGAGAAAGUGUUUGUCUGCAAUCCAGAUGGAAAUCGGGAUGUCCAGGCUGAACAGCAUAUUUUAGGGUCCUCAGACUGCAAUCCAGAUGUAUUUGAGCCUCUUAAGGGUAACCAAGAGACAAUUAGCAAUUUAAACACCACGGGGAUGUUUGAUAGUUUCCAACAAAAAAGGAAUGCUUUAGCACGAAGAAUAACUUUCAAACAAAGUGGUUCUUUCAGACGAAACCAGCAGAUUAAGAGACGAUAUCAAAUGCUGGGCAUUGGUAAAAGAAGCAAGUCUGAUUCCGGUUUGAAGCAUAGCACUGGGAAAGAGUGCAGUCAGGAUGAUUUAUCACAGGUCUCUUUAAAAGAAAUGGAAGGUGAUGUUAACCCUUUAUUCACAGCAGCCUCAGAAAAACAAGAGCAUAAUCCAUAUGGAACAGAUGCAUGCUCUGUCGCCCUAGAUCUUGACAGUUCUCCAAAGAAAACUCCAGAUGUCCAGAAACCUCUGCAUCCUUGUAUUCUCUGUGGGUGUAGCUUACAGAGCCCCAAAGGCUGGGCAUUAGUUGUUGAUCAAGAACAUGAGGAAGAACUGAAAUUUCAUUGUCAAGCUUGUGGCUGUUCUUACACAUGCAGAGAGGACUUUGAAGAGUAUUGUCAAAAGAGGAGCCAGCAUAUGGGUGGCUUCAAGAUGAAUUGUUGUCGUUGUUCAUUUCUUGCCCCAAAUUACAUAAGCCUUGGGAAACACAUGCGCGAUAAGCACAGCAUGUCCCAUUAUUGUAUUACCUGCCUCCUGUAUUUUCUAACUCAAGAUGAAAUGGCGGCUCAUAACACAACUAAGCAGCAUAUUAGUUUGUCUCAAGAAAACCUUUUUCAGUCACCUAACAGUGAAGUGGCUAUGCAAACUGCAUCCUGCACUGCGGUGGAGUCAAGUACUAUCCCAAAGGUAGUUUAUGAUAUAGAAGUGAAGUCCUCAGUUGUACAUCCUGGUAACGAGUUCAAGGAAUCUAUUCUAAGCAAAACCCAGUUUCAGUGUAAAAAAUGUUUCUAUAAAACAAGAUCAUCUUCUGUUCUUACAAGACAUAUAAAACUUCGACAUGCUCAGGAAUAUCAUUUCCUUUGUAAAGCAUGCAAUCUGUAUUCAUUAAGCAAAGAAGGAAUGGAAAAACACAUCAAGAGAAGUAAACACCUUGAAAAUGCCAGAAAGAAUAAUAUUGGUUUACGCUUUGAGGAAUGUAUUGAAAGGGUAUGUGUAGGUACAAGUGAUAGUAAAAAAAUAACAGAACCUUCAGUUUAUGGGAAUUUAAAGUCUGAAUCUGAAAAUGAAAGUAUAAAUGUUCCAUUCUGCACCCUGCAGAAUGUAUCAGUAAAUAAAGAGUUGUUUCCCUCAGAUGAAAGCGUUAAAGGCAGUGAUUUGAUUCUGGAUAGUGCACCGAAGAGAGGGAGGCCUAAAGGCACUAUUUCUCGAACAUGCCCUCACUGUGGUUUAUUGGCUUCCAGCGUUACAAACUUGACUGUCCACAUUCGGCGAAAGCAUAGUCACCAGUACAGCUAUUUGUGUAAAGUAUGCAAUUAUUAUACUGUAACUAAAGGUGACAUGGAACGCCAUUGUGCUACUAAGAAGCAUAAAGGCCGCUUGGAAGCCAAUGGAAAACAAAAUGUAGAAAUUAUUGUAUGCCCAGAAGGAGGUAGUGUUGAAGUGAAUAGCAAGAAAGUAACUAGUCCUGUGAGUGUUUUGAGUGAACCUGUUGACCAUCGCAAUCAGUCUUCACAUUUGGACAUUUCUGUUUUGGAAAGCCAGGAAGAUGAUCAGGACAGUGUUAUCCAAUUGCAGACUGAAAAUGUACUUCAACUUCAUGAACUGGAUAGAAAUCAGUGCUCUGCAGAAAUAAAGCAGCAUAGAAUUGUAGAAAUAGGUAGUGUUAAUCAAGAUGGAGACUCAUUGACUCAAACAAGACCUGCAAAUAUAAAUGAGAAUCAAUGUGAUUACUGUAAUUUUGUUGCACAUUCUUUUUCUUCUCUGGAAGUUCACGUAAAACGCAAGCACACUAAAGAAUUCGAAUACUACUGCAUGGCUUGUGACUAUUAUGCAGUUACUUGCCGAGAGAUGAUUAGGCAUGCAGCAACAGAGAAGCACAAAAUCAAAAGACAAUCUUAUACUUGCACUUCUGGAGAGGAGACAGAUGCAGCUGAUAUUGCCAAAGAAAAUGCUAUAACAUCUCAAGAACAUCAACCCAUGGAAGAUUUUCAGAUUGUAUUGGAUGAAACAAAAUACAAAAACAAUGUUGAAGAGGAAAACGUUAGGAAGCAGGAGACUCUGAAAGUUGAGAAGUUGCCUAAUUCAGCUUCAAAAGACAGUGCUACUUCAAAGGGUUGUAAAGAAGACCAUGUACUUGAUGCCAUAAAUAUUGAACUCGAAGGUGAAGCUAACCAAAGCAGAGAGAACAUACAUGGCGAGGGACUCAAAAAAACUGUUCAAAAAGAUGUAGUAGUUAAGCUUGACGAGAUAAUUGCAUUUAAACAAACCAUUGGUUGUGUUCUGCAGGAAAGUGUAGAUAGUCGAGCAACAGUGAAUCCAAGUUGUGAUUUUACCACAGAAACUGGCACUAAAAGCUUGGCUUUUGGCAAAGAAUCUUUGAACUUGAAUUUCACAAACAACAGGAACAAGUUAGAAGAUGAUACUGAAAAAGAAUUUGGAAGCACUGAGGUACCUGCAGAGGAAGUAAAGGCAGAAGAAACCCAUUUAACUGAACUUUCAGAAACAUGCAGUACAGCAGAGGAGCAAACUAUAAAUGAAAGCACUGAAAGAGCUAUGCAAAACAUGCAUAUCUUACAUGAAGAAAAAGGCUUUCAUGAGGGUUCUAUCAUAGACGAAGAAGAUUCAUUGAUAGAUGCACAACAUGAAGCUGAAGUGUCUGUUCACACAGUUUGGAGUGCUGAUGGCUCAACUAUUGAAGGUGUGCAAGAGAGUAGUAAUGAGGCUAUGAACAACUUUUCCAGUACUUAUCGUAGAGUGAAGGAAGGUACAAUAGUACAAAGUUGUGGUCAGUUUGAUUCCUCCAUAGUAAAACUAAAAGGCCAUGAGGAAGGUUGUGAGCCAACAGAUCAUUUUGUGGAAGGACAGAAUCUGAGUGGACUGAAAGUAUAUGACUUAGCUGUGAAAGUAGAGGCCUCACAAAGUCGUGGGAGUAAGAAGAAAGUGGAAGGAAAUCCCCUCAGGGAAUCUACUCGUAUUCGCUGUGAUGACUGUGGUUUUUUAGCGGACGGUUUGAGUGGACUAAAUGUUCACAUAACCAUGAAGCAUCCUUCAAAAGAGAAACAUUUCCACUGUUUACUGUGUGGAAAAUCAUUUUAUACAGAAAGCAACCUUCAUCAGCACUUGGCUAGUGCUGGCCACAUGAGAAAUGAAGAAGCAAGUGUUGAGGAGCUGCCAGAGGGGGGCACCACCUUUAAAUGUGUUAAAUGCACAGAGCCAUUUGACUCUGAACAAAACCUUUUUCUUCAUAUUAAAGAACAACAUGAAGAACUGCUCCGGGAGGUCAAUAAAUACAUUGUUGAAGAUACAGAACAAAUCAACCGUGAGCGAGAAGAGAAUAAAGGCAAUAUUUGCAAAUAUUGUGGGAAGAUGUGCCGAAGCAGUCAUUCCAUGGCGUUCCUAGCUCACAUUCGCACACAUACAGGAUCAAAGCCAUUCAAGUGCAAGAUUUGCCACUUUGCAACAGCUCAGCUAGGAGAUGCCAGAAACCAUGUCAAGAGGCACCUUGGGAUGAGGGAAUACAAGUGUCAUGUCUGUGGAGUGGCAUUUGUAAUGAAAAAGCACUUAAAUACUCAUUUACUGGGAAAACACGGAGUUGGAACACCAAAAGAAAGAAAAUUUACAUGCCACCUGUGUGACAGAAGUUUUACAGAGAAGUGGGCGCUGAACAAUCAUAUGAAACUUCACACAGGAGAAAAGCCAUAUAAGUGCACAUGGCCUACAUGCCAUUAUUCCUUUCUCACAGCAUCAGCCAUGAAAGACCAUUAUAGGACUCAUACAGGCGAGAAGUCAUUCCUAUGUGACCUUUGUGGCUUCGCUGGCGGGACACGUCAUGCCCUCACCAAGCAUCGGAGGCAGCACACAGGAGAGAAGCCAUUCAAAUGUGAUGAAUGUAACUUUGCUUCUACAACCCAGUCACAUCUGACACGACACAAACGUGUCCAUACUGGAGAGAAACCCUACAGAUGCCCUUGGUGUGACUACAGGUCCAACUGUGCUGAAAAUAUCCGCAAACAUAUCCUACACACAGGCAAACAUGAAGGAGUGAAGAUGUAUAACUGCCCGAAGUGUGAAUAUGGUACCAACAUCCCAGUGGAAUUUCGCAAUCACCUGAAAGAACUGCAUCCCGAUAUUGAAAACCCUGACCUAGCUUACCUGCAUGCUGGCAUAGUUUCUAAGUCCUACGAAUGUCGGCUGAAGGGUCAAGGAGCUACAUUUGUAGAAACCACUAGCCCUUUUACCACAGCAGCACUGGGAGAAAUUUCUCCGAUUAAAGAGAAGGCUCUUCAGAGUGACAGAAGACAGCCACCAUCUACUGAACAAGUUCAGCAGGUGAUUAUUAUUCAAGGCUAUGAUAGUGAUUUUGCAAUCGAUGCAUCAGUUGAGGAGACAGCAGCAGCUACGCUUCAGACACUGGCCAUGGCUGGCCAAAUGGCAAGGGUUGUCCAUAUUACUGAGGAUGGACAAGUUAUAGCCACAAGUCAAAAUGGCUCUCAUGUGAGCAGCAUGAUUCCAGGACAGAUACUCACAGAACAACUGCCAGAUGGGAAAACACAAGUGGUUGUUGUUGAAGGCUCCCUAGGAGGGACUGAUAUUGGAGAUGCUGUUUCCAUAGAAACAGUUUCAGAUUCCAGUAAUGCUAUGGUACAGCAGAUAAUGAGACAGGAAAUUUUAGAUCCAUCAGAGGUUACAAGACUACACCCACCAGAAUCUGCCUCAGCCUUAGAUGCCUUGCUUUGUGCUGUAACAGAGCUUGGGGAAGUGGAGAACAAAGCAGGACUCUUGGACAGAGCACAGCUUGGUCACAAAGAUGCAUUGCAGAUAUCAAAUCCAGAAGCACACAUUGUUUCCAGUGACAACAUAGUUCAGGAAACACAGAUUCUCCCUGACAUUCAAGGGACUGAUGAAGAAAGAAAACCUACAGAAGUAGUAACUCAGGUUGUGCACCCAUCUGCCAUAAUUGCAUCUCAAGAGAGAACUCAAGUCACCUUCAAGAAAAUGGUCGAAGGAGUGUUACAGUUUGCUGUGUGUGAUAGAGCUGCAGCAGACCAGCUGAUAAAAGAAGGUGUCACUCAGGUUAUUUUGAAUGAAGAAGGGACUGUACAUAUGGUGGCUAGAGAAGGUUCUCAGAUAAUAAUGCAAGAAUCUGGCAGCAAUACCCUGAGUGUCCAGAGUGAACAUAUGGACUUAGUUGGGCCUGAUGGAGAAAUUUCACAAAUCAUUGUCACAGAGGAAAUAGCUCAAGCCAUGGUUCGGGAUUCUAACGCCAGUUUCUCUGAAGGUGCAACCCAUUACAUUGUAACAGGAUUACCGCAGCAGUUAGAGGAUGAGUCUGGAGUAUAUUCGCAUACUGUGAUAGACACAGAUGAGCCUCAAGAGAUUUUACAGGCUGGCACUCUUGUAAACUCCAAUAAUAUGUCUUCUGAUGGAAGUGAUGAACACCUUGCUAGUAUGGUCAUUUAUACAGCGGAGGGUUCACAAACAGCUGUUAUCCAGGGCCAAAGAAAUAGUAAUGAAUUACAAGAAGAAUGAAAAAAUUAAAGUUCUUCUAGGUUUGGCGGGAGGGGGAGAUGUAAAAAUGGGGCACUUGUAGACAUUAUAUUUAAUUUAAUUUGUCAAAUUUUUUGAAUGAUAUUCUUCUGUCCACAUAUUCAACACAUUCUGUCUGAAGUUAAUGUCAGCUGUGAAUGCUGCACAGAAAGGAAAUUCUUUUUUUGUCUUUGAACAAGAUUUGUUUAGAAAUUAUUAAAAAGUUACAGAUAUUAAAAGAUUUACAAAAUAAAAAUUAAAAUAGGUUUAGGUGCAACAACCAAAGGCAUACAUUUAAUUCUGUUUGGAUUAUCAGUGAAUAAGCAUUUCACAGCAUUAUGACCUUCAAAUCUUAAUUUUUGGGGUUUUUUCAAUUAAUUAUGUUAAACUUGACACGUUUCUCACUUUGUAGACUGAGAGCAAAUUAAAAAUAAACUCAUAUCACCUAGCUGAGGUAUGCAUUGAUAGUUGGUAGGUUAAAAUUGUCUUCUAUAUAUACAAUAAUUUUCUAUUUUAAAAAAAUCAACCAGGCAUUCCAGGCUCUUACAAUCUUGAUUUCCCUACUCAAAAUGCACUGUUCCUGAAUCUGAUAUCGUAAUUUCAUGAUAUAUAUUUGUGCUACCUUUUUUUUAAAAAAGGCUUUUUUGUAGUUUUCUGCCAACUGGAUUUAACAAGAAGAAUUCUUUAUUACGAACACAACUCAAUGUGAAAAUGAAAAUAUUCACAAAAAACCUGUCUUGAUUCAGAAAGAUCUUUGUGCCUGUAAGUUCAAUUUAAUUUUAUGUCAGCUGCUUGUUCAUUUGAAAUGUUCAUUUGAUGUUUGGCUUGUUUGUUUGUUUUUACCAGUAGUGCUUUACAUAAAUACUAUUUUGCAGUUCAUUUUGUGAAUGACUUUUCGAAACAUUAGAGGAUUGCAGAGUUCUGUUGGGUUCUUUUACAUUCUGAUGUGAAUCUUAAAAAGCGGAAGAAAGUUGACCUUGAGUUUCUUGCUGGAUCAGAAUAUCGAUUAUCUAAUGGGGGAUAAGUGAUGAUUGUUCAAUAUAAGUUCCUGUUGAAAAGAUGUGUUUCUGAGUUAGAUACUUCUGUUUCUCUAAAAAAAAUUGUAAAGGAUAGGGUGGGGUUGUU